AUGGCUACUCGAAGAAGGAUUGGAAUUGGGGCCAUACAAAGCCGGCAACAGACUGCAAGCAAGUUUGCCGCCAAAGGCGAACAGCUCGCCAGUGAGCAACUGGAGCAGUUCUCGCAGCAGCUCGAGCAGCUCUCCAUUGGUCUCGAGAAUUUCGCGCAACGCCAUCGCGAUGAGAUUAAAAAGAACUCACAGUUUCGUCGACACUUCCAGGAAAUGUGUGCCAGUGUCGGCGUCGAUCCGCUGGCGUCCGGCAAAGGAUUCUGGGCGAAAGCGUUGGGUUUCGGCGAUUUCUAUUAUGAAUUGGGCAUACAAAUUGUGGAAAUUUGUCUCUCAACGACGCAUAUAAACGGCGGAAUUAUGACCGUCGAGGAAAUUCGAAAUCGAUUGAUGAGAACCAGAUCGAGAACUAGAAAAGAAACCAUCUCAACGGACGAUAUUUUGAGAGCGGUGGAAAAGCUGAAAGUUCUCGGGAAUGGAUUCGAACUUGUGCCACUCGGUGGUGGACGAUUCUUGGUGCAAUCAGUGCCCGGCGAGCUAAGCAUGGAUCAUUCGCGAGUUCUGCAAUUGGCGGAAGACGCAGCAUACGUCACAAAAGAGUUGAUAAUGGACAAACUGCGAUGGGAUGAGCCGAGAGCCACCGCAGUUCUUGAUUAUCUUGUAAAAGAGGGCCUUGCUUGGAUCGACGAUCAAUCAACAGACACCACCGAGUACUGGUUCCCAUCAUUGUUCCUUCAACAAUAUUGUCAUUCAUCGAGCGCAUCGGAGAUGGCUUCUUUUAAAGUACGCCCUGAGCAUACGGGACCUCCGCAAUUGUACUACAAUGACACCGAGGCAUCAAAAUAUGCGUCGAAUUCGCACAUCACUGCUAUUCAACACGAGAUGGCCGAGCGGGCGCUCGAGUUGCUCGCGUUGCCCGAUGGCAAAUCGGGAUUGAUUCUCGACAUUGGCUGCGGUACCGGCAUGAGCUCUGAAGUGCUACUCGACAAUGGCCAUAUUUUUAUGGGAUUAGACGUGUCGGAGGCGAUGCUAGGUAUUGCGCGCGACGACGAGGACCUCGAAGCGGGCGAUUUUAUAUUGCAAGACAUGGGCUUGGGAAUGCCGUUCAGGCCGGGAACGUUUGAUGGCGCGAUCAGUAUCUCGGCGAUACAAUGGCUUUGUCAUGCGAAUUCGGCAAAUGAGAAUCCGAGAAAACGGCUGUAUUUCUUCUUUCAAAGUCUUUAUGGAUGUCUGGGACGCGGUUCGCGCGCCGUCUUCCAAUUCUAUCCCGAAAACGAUGAGCAAUGCGAGCUUAUCAUGAGCCAAGCGACGAAAGCGGGCUUCAAUGGCGGAUUGGUCGUCGAUUAUCCGGAAUCGACGAAGAGGAAAAAGAUUUAUCUCGUCCUAAUGACCGGUGGCGUCGCCCAGCUGCCGCAAGCGCUCUCCGAAGAAACCGAAGAGCAGAAACAUAUCGACAACGCUGGCCGAAGGUUUGUGUGGAAUUCGCGAAAAUCGGAGAAGGUCGUCAAAGGUUCCAAGGCGUGGAUUGAGCAGAAACGCCAACGAAUGAUCAAGCAAGGAAAAGACGUUCGCCAUGAGUCGAAGUAUUCCGGAAGGAAGAGAAAGCCGAAAUUCUGA